AAAUAAAUCCUAAGUUACAAAUUAAUUUUAGAUCCAAUCUUUUUUUGAACUCUCUAUUUUUCAUUUGAAAAAUAAAAUAUCAUAUUGUAUAGUGAGUUGAACUACAAAAAGGAGUUUGAGUAAUAAUUGUACAAUUUGAUGCUGUAAUGGUUUCUACAAUAAUUACAAAAUUAAUUUCUAAAAUGUAUUCAACAAUAAUUAUGCAGAGAUGAGACUCACUAGUACCACAAUUAUGCAAAGAUGUAUUUUAGAAAUGCUGUACGAGGAGCAGGCUGCAGAGGAGCAGAGGGUUAAUUCCCUGUCAAAUAAGCAAUAAAAAAGAAUAAUGUGCCGUUUUUCUUGACAACGCAAUGUUUUGCACCUCCCGUAAAUCUCGCGAGUUGGAAUGCGCCGGGCGAGACGAAAGUCCGACAAGAUUGGAGAUUGAGCGGAGUCUUGGUACUUCGUUGGCACAAAUUCUCUAUCAUUACAGUCAUCAGGAAGCUGCGAAAUUGUUAAAAUCGUUACCUCUCACCAAAAUUUCGCAGCAACCAUGUUGCGCCGUACAGGACGGUCCAUUAGAGGCGGAUGCAAGAAAGCAAAUUCUUAAAUCAUACAUACAUAACGACAUUCUAACACUAGGCGAAGAUGAGCUGAAAAAAUUUCAGACUGAGAUCGAGGCAGCGACGCAGAAGAAGCUGAAAGAUGAGUUUGCGAUGGAAUGUCAUAUGCUCGAAGCUGAAAAGAUAUUUGCCAUUAGACGCAAUGCGGAUGAAAUUCACGCUAAAUACGAGGAGUACUUCAAGUUCGCUCAGCAGGAGUUGGAGGAGAAGUUACAGAUCGAAUUGGCGGAUGAGAAUACGAAACGCAACAAGGAAUUGCAAAAAGCCAUCGUAAAAGCGCGAAUGGAUACGACGCACGAUGUGUUAAGAAAGAUACGGCCUCAGAUAAACUGGAUCGUUACGUCUCUCUACAAUGAGCUUGAGCAAAUUCGUCGCGGACAGAAAGAAAAAAUGAUUGCUGAUUUUAAUAUAAUUAUGAGAAACCAAUAUCUUAAACUGGAUGCGAGAAUCAAAGAAAUUGAGAGGCAAAAAAUGGAAGAGUUGCGUAUCCAACGUCAUGAACUCGAGAUGCGAAACGUAACAAAUAUUAUUUACGUUUUUUGUUUGGAAAGAUUGCGUAGCGGUUCACGAUUGCAAGCAAUAUACAAACAUUUUGAGGAAAAAGUCAAGUCUUUGCAUGAACUUAUUGCUAAACAAGAAGAAACUAUGAAUACAAUGAGGGAAAAGAUUACAAAAUAUCGUAAUAAGAAUAAAACACUUCAAGAAAAAAUCAAUGCUCUUUCUAAGGAAUUUCAGAAAUUUAUAAAUUUUGCAUUUGAUAGCUUACCAGAACAUGCAGAUUUUUUAUUGCCACUAGAUCUACUUUCUGUAAAUAGCGCAAAUGAAGAAGACAGCGAACAAGAAAAGAAGCAAUAAGUAGAUUAAAAAGGAAAAUUAAAAUUUUAUUGCAAUAAAGUUAUAUAUUGUUCUAGAUAGAAUAUAAUUUAGAAUAAAGAGAUAUUACUCACAUUUAAUAAUAUAGAUUUAAUAAAACGCGUUAAAAAUUCUCCUUCCUGUAUCAAUAAAUGUAUAUAAUUUUAUCUAUA